GGGCGCCCGAUAACCACUUUCAUUUAUAUACUCCGCGGGCCGCGCUCGACGACAUUCCACGAAGUGAACUCGAGUUGAGGCGUUGUGCAGCAUUACCGAGGCUGUGCAAUCAAAUUAAUUUAUUUUAUUUAUAAUAGGAUAUUCAAUUAAAAACUAAAUCACAAUGUGCGACGAGGAAGUUGCUGCGUUGGUAGUGGACAAUGGGUCCGGCAUGUGCAAGGCCGGGUUCGCCGGCGACGACGCGCCGCGCGCCGUGUUCCCCUCGAUCGUGGGCAGGCCGCGCCACCAGGGCGUCAUGGUCGGCAUGGGACAGAAGGACUCGUACGUCGGCGACGAGGCCCAGAGCAAGAGAGGCAUCCUCACCCUGAAAUACCCCAUCGAGCACGGCAUCGUCACCAACUGGGACGAUAUGGAGAAGAUCUGGCACCACACCUUCUACAAUGAACUGCGUGUGGCGCCCGAGGAGCACCCCGUGCUGCUCACGGAGGCUCCCCUCAACCCCAAGGCCAACAGAGAGAAGAUGACCCAGAUCAUGUUCGAGACCUUCAACACACCCGCCAUGUACGUCGCCAUCCAGGCCGUGCUCUCGCUGUACGCGUCCGGUCGUACCACCGGUAUCGUGCUGGACUCCGGCGACGGCGUCUCCCACACCGUGCCCAUCUACGAGGGCUACGCGCUGCCCCACGCCAUCCUGCGUUUGGACUUGGCCGGUCGCGAUCUCACAGACUACCUGAUGAAGAUCCUCACAGAGCGCGGCUACUCCUUCACCACCACCGCCGAGCGAGAAAUCGUGCGUGACAUCAAGGAGAAGCUCUGCUACGUCGCCCUCGACUUCGAGCAGGAGAUGGCCACCGCCGCCUCCAGCAGCUCGCUCGAGAAGUCGUACGAGCUUCCCGACGGUCAGGUGAUCACCAUCGGCAACGAGCGAUUCCGUUGUCCCGAGGCUCUCUUCCAGCCCUCGUUCCUGGGUAUGGAAGCUUGCGGCAUCCACGAAACCACCUACAACUCGAUCAUGAAGUGCGACGUCGACAUCCGUAAGGACCUGUACGCCAACACCGUGCUGUCCGGCGGCACCACCAUGUACCCCGGCAUCGCCGACCGCAUGCAGAAGGAGAUCACGGCAUUGGCUCCUUCCACGAUGAAGAUCAAGAUCAUCGCGCCCCCAGAGAGGAAGUACUCCGUAUGGAUCGGUGGAUCUAUCCUCGCCUCCCUCUCGACCUUCCAGCAGAUGUGGAUCUCGAAACAGGAAUACGAUGAGUCCGGCCCCUCGAUCGUGCACAGGAAGUGCUUCUAAGCGGCUCUGGUGGCCGGCUCGAGGCCGGCUGCUGAGCUCGGGCUUGUAAUCACCGUUAAUUUAAUUGUACGUAAGAUAUUAUUGUAAUUAAAUCGUAAUAGUGACGGCAACCGGCGCGCGGCGCCGCGGAGCGCCUCCGCCGCCGGCCUCGGUACUGCACUCGCCAAAGGAUCUUUUGUAAUAUCAUGAAUGAAUCUCAUGAAUGUAUGUGCUGAAACGGAUAAGACUACUUUCUUACUAGGUCAUUUAUAAAUUAUAAAAAAUAAUGAAAAAUACACGAAAAAAAUUUGAAAAAUUAAAA